CCGCCUCUCAGAUCAGCUCUCAGCUCCCUCUCUCUCUGGCUCUGUCUCGCUCGUAUGAGGGCGCCGCCUGAAGAACUAAAAUUCCAAUGCGCCCGGACCCGGCAUAUGGCAUGGCUUUUGGUUAAUCAAAGUGAAAGCCUGAAGAACUGUAUUUGAAGUGGUAAACGCUGCUUGGCUGAUUUGAAAAGGAGGGCGAUGCAAGGAUGGCAGCCUCUAAUAAUGGAAUGCCUUGUACCAACCAGGUGACACACUACGAGGGCGCUGAGAAGCUCUUUGAAAUUUGGUUUGAAGAGCAUAAUAGUAAUGAUGGUAGUAACGAUCUGAGGAAAAUACCAAGAUGUGAGUGGGAACAGAUGUUAAAACGUGUAAACUGUGAAAUAAUUAGUGAAAUGUUUGACAGCACACAAUGCUCUUAUAUUCUCAGUGAAAGUAGCAUGUUUGUUGCUAAGCGACGAUUUAUUCUGAAGACAUGUGGAACCACCACACCCCUGGACUGCAUUCCCACGCUACUAAAAGUAGCGGAAAAAUACUGUGGUUUCACCAAAGUUGAGGACGUGUUCUACUCCCGGAAGAACUUCAUUCGACCUGACCUGCAGGACCGAACCUACCAGAGAUUUGAAGAGGAAGUGAAAAUACUGGAAAACUAUUUUCCAGGAGGUGCAGCGUAUGUCCUUGGAAGAUUGAAUGGCGACUGCUGGUAUGAACGCAUUAACUCUUUUUUAACGCUUCAUAAGUGCAAUGGUAUACAAAUAAUGAAUGAGUACGUUCAAAAGUCUUCCAUUCUUUGCAUCUUCCAGUCUUUGCAUAGACCCUUAAUUAGACUUGCCACAAGGAAAAAAGUCAUGACCACUCCCUUUCCCACCUUGACCCUGGCUUUAGUAAUGAUAAUGACAAUGAUACUCUUUAACCUUCAAAUAUACAUACUCAUGACAGAUCUGGAUGAGGACGUAAUGGCUCUCUUCCAAAAGUCUUCUAAUCUAACAGCUACAGAGGUCACCAAGGCAUCUGGUAUUUCAGAACUUUUGCCCGACUGCAGUAUUGAUGCUACCAUGUUCGAUCCAUGUGGCUAUUCAAUGAAUGGUCUAAUGACAAAUGGCGAAUACAUGACAAUUCACAUCACACCUGAGAAGGAAUGGUCGUACGUUAGUUUUGAGACCAAUGCAGAAAUGCCCUGUUAUGAUGACCUUGUGAAACGCAUUUUGGAAACUUUCAAACCAGGGAAGUUUGUGAUGACGGUCUUUGCUAACAAGGUAGCAAAAUGUGUCUCGUCAUAUCACGCACUCCGGGAAUCAUUCCAUGAUGGAUUUAAACGUCAGGAUCGUCAGUUCUCGCAGUUCAAAUCCUACGACUUGACUUUUGGGCACUAUACUAAGGAAGAGGUCAUUCCUCACUAGCAUACUCUGUGAGAAUUUCUCAUAAAUUUUACAGUAUUGCACCUCAGCAGUUUAUAUACAGUAUACAAACUUGUAAAUAUUGUGAGGAUAUUUGAUUGUGCCUAUUAAGUAUAAGGUUAAAUAAUCUUUAGAAAAACAAUUUCUUUUGAUUUUGCUGUAUAAAGGUUUACUACUAUUAAUUAAUUGAAUUUUCACCACAAUGCAUGCUGGGUAAUUUUCUAAAGCUGAAUUUUGUUGUCACGUUUGAACCGACAACAUGAACCAAGUGCUUUUGUAGUGAAAAGCUAAUAUCAACUGGACGAUUUAAAUUCUAUAUAUUUUGAAAACUUUCCAAAAACCUCCGAGCCCAUUUCGACACCUGAGGCUUACCUAAUUCCAAACCACUUUUUUUUUUAGUACCAACUAAAAACCUUGUUAAACUUAUUCCUCUAAUUGGAGACCGAACCACCUGGUGUCUGUCUGAUUAUGAGAUUUAGGGAAUAGAAUUGUGUUUUGUCUUGAAAAAAGAAAAUCCUAGUAGUAACACAUGAUUGGGACCCAAUACGCUGAGAUUGGAUAGCAAUUGUCUUAACCACAAAGCUACAGCUUCACCCUCUCUAAUUAUAGAAUUUAGAGCAAAGGGAAAAUUAUAUACGAGUGUUUAUUUUCCAGGUAACUGCUAAGGCCAAAUAAAACAAAUUAUUGUGUUGGCCACGCCUGAUCAGCAUUUUGGUUGUUUUCUCGACUACAAUAAAAAAUAUUAGGCCUGGAAUAGGCCUAUCUUGGUGGAUGGUAGGCAAUGCGACAGUGUUAUGAGACCGUUUUGCUCUUCAAUAUAGAUUUUAAAAUGGUCUUUGUUGUAUUUUUUUAUAUUUUCUAUUUUUUAGGCAUAAGCACAAUACAUGGUUAAAAAAAACCAAAAAAAAAAAAACGUUUCCUACCGACCUACUCAUUUUUUUUAUUUUCCCAAAACUUUGCCAACACAAGAAUUUUUUUUGUUAGCCUAAUUCCUACCACUUGAACUUGCACUGCCACGAGUCAAACCUUAUAAUAAUUAUUAUUAUCAUUAUUAGUAUUAUUACUCACUCGUUUAUUUACCUUUAUUAUUAUUAAUAAUAUUAUUAUUAUUAUUGUUAUUAUUAUUAUUAUUUAUUUGGACAUGCACUUUUAAAACAGUGGCACACAACCACAACAGCAGUUCAUCCUAAAAAAAAAGACAAAGUUAAAUUUUAGAAAUUGCAAUCAAAUAAAAAUUCAAUGAUGGUGAACAAUACGAUAAUCGUAUACUGUACAAUACAAAAAGGAAAAGAAAAGUAAAAUAAAAUUACAUCAUCAUUGGGAUCAUGAUUAGAAGUAGAAUGAAAGCCAACAAAACAAAUUAAAGCAGCUUAACUAAAAAGGAACAUCCUCAGUAUACACAAAAUUGAGCACCCACUCAGAAUGACCAAACCAGGGACGCCCAUCAACCGACCAAGAAUGCAGCUGAUAAACAUCUUUGAUAGAGGUGUAAUGACCCGCACAAGCAUUCCAUCCCCCUGCACAGUUUACACAACAGAGAUAUCCGUCAUCUAAAGCAAUACACGUGUAAAAAAGUUAAAAAUUAAAAUUAUACUUGCUAUAUCUGUAAAACAGAACAUAUGGCUUUUCCUCAUUAUUAUAAUGAAAAGUGAUUUUGAAAUUACAAAAAAAAAAAAAUUAAGUCAAGAGUAAAAUAACACAUAAAAAAGAAAAAUGAAAUCAUACAGAAAAUUGUGAAGUUAAAUAACAUGAAAACCAACUCGAAAUCAGGAAAUGCUAACUAUGACUGCUAUUAAUAUUCAAAAUAUGUAGAAUAAUGUCAUAUUUUUGUAUGCACAUUUUUGAUAUGGUCUUUGCUUGGACAAUGUUUGAAGAAGAAAAACCCUGUGCAAAAUGAUAGGAAAAACUAUAUGCAAGAAGGAAAAAAGAAAUCGGAACAAAAACAAUGGCUUUUCCUACUACUGCUUGGGAAAUCCAAAAAUAACAGAAAAUCAACAACAAUGAAACCCAACUCAAAAAAUACUCAAAUCCAAGAUCUUCCCCAUUAUAGUAACAGUAAUAAACCAUUGUAACCACUAGGGUACAACUCCUUCCUUUCAACAGAAUUUAAUGGUGCACUAAAGACAAUUACGUAUAUUAAAAACAACAAUUUAUAUUAUCAUUUUAUAUUUAUACGAAAAGAAAAUAAAUGUUACAUUGAAUUGAAUUGAAAGCUCUUAAACACUGCCAUACCCAUUCAUGUAUGUGUGUUCGGUAUAACAAGCACCAAUUCCUCUCUGUGCCAAGAUAUAGGGUUAAAAGCAACCUUAAUGGAAUGAUCUUCCACAUAAUACCAGGAUGCCCCAAUAUUCAAAUUUUCAUGAGGAAACGAAAAUUUGCUUUUCACGCCUUUGGGCAAUUUGAAUGAAUUAACAGCAUUAUAUAAACUCCACCAAACUGAUGUUAAGAUAUGACAUCAUCAUGCCUAUAUAUGGGUGUGAUGUCACAUAAUGCCCUUAAAUGAGCAAUUCAGUCGGUAAUCAUGCAAUAUUUCACAACUUUACUUGAUUAAGUUUUAUAUUUCUGUGAUAUUCAGCUACAAGUACCGGUACACUCGCUAGUUAUGCGAUAGAAUGAUUACUCUAUAAAUUAAGGUUAGACUUCAGAAGUAGAUUAGUACAAACAAAAUUAUUUCCCUUACUGUAUUUCAACCUAGGAGCCUUGGAUUGGGACACUCGUAUCGUACUUGACAACAUAUGUCUUUAUUUUUAUUUAAUUUAUUUUUAUGUUCCUCAUUGUAUUUCAACCCAGGAGCCUUUGAUUGGGACACUCGUAUCAUACUUACCAACCUACAAUUUGCAUUGACUUUAUCUUCUUCUGUAUUGUUCACAUAUUUAUUUGGGAGUUUAUUUGAAAUAGGCAUAUAUCUGUCUUCAAUAUUAUUUAAUGCAAUUGAUUGAUAAUUUAUUAAUAUUUAGAAAUGGUGUAGUUUUUAAAAUGGUAGCAUAUAUACAUUGUUCUUUGAUACUACUGUAUUUUUUUAAUGAUUUAUCAUUUUAAAAAAAAUCCACUGCCGUUAGAAAAUAUCUAGCAUAUACACUUGUUAGUAAUUUUAAUAAGUUGGUCUAUCUAUCGAUUAAUGCACACAGGGUAGUAUACAUGUUAAACAUCAAAACAUAUGGUUGAAUUUGAAUAUAUAAUUACAUUAUUUGAUUACUGAAAUAUAUUUUUAACUAUGUAUGCUAAUGGGUUGAAUAUAAUAUGAAGGCUUGGUGAUAGUUAAUGAGUAAUGUUCACGUCAUGUUGUUCACCUACCUUAAAGUGUACACGUGUAGUUAUUUGCAUCCCAGUUCUUGCAUUGUGCUUUUAGAAUCUGAACCCAACCGAGUCUACGUAUUAGUAUGACGAGUUACGUCAUCAUGGCCAUUUGUAACUCGCUAUUUAAAAAAAAAAUUAUACAUACUAAGUUUAUGAUUAAUUGCUCACUGGGAUCAUAGUACUUUGUCACGAUAAUACUGGUUGGUUCUAAAAAUAUAUUCAUAUAUUUGGGAAUGUUAACUUUUGCCAGACUAUACCGGUAUUUCAAUUAAAAUAUGUGAAUGGUUUCAAUUACA